UUCACGGCCUAUGGCUGGGCGUGUUGUCUUUGGAUCCUUGUCGUGUCGUUUCAGUAUGGCUAUCAUAUUUCUGCGCUGAACCAAAUCCAAGCAGUCCUGAGUUGCCGGGGGAUCCCAGGCCAGGAGCUCGAUUCCCCUCUGAGCUAUGGUCUGCCGACAUGCAUACCCAUGUCCGACGCGACGUUCUCUGUGGUCACAUCUGUAUACACCGUCGGCGGUCUGCUCGGUAGUCUGGUAGCGAACGUCAUCAUGGAUCGCUUUGGACGGAAAGGCGCAGUUCAAGCUAGUUCGGCGAUGUUUGUACUGGGAUCGGCCGUCAUGGGCUGUUCUGCGUCACUGUGGCCUCUAAUUAUUGGAAGAGUCUUGGUUGGUGUCGGCGCCGGGUUCGGGCUGUGUGUCGGACCUAUUUUCCUCUCUGAGAUCGCCCCCAGCAAGAUUCAAGGCGCUGUCGGCGUUCUCACCCAGUUCGCCAUCGUCAUCGGAAUCAUGAUCACGCAGGCCAUGGGCCUCCGACUCGCAACGCCACAUGAGUGGCGACUGGUCCUCCUGUUCUCUGUCGCACUUUCAUUCGGACAGCUCUUGAUAAGCCCAGUCGUCGUUGAAUCCCCAGUAUGGCUGCACAGGCACGGGCUACUUAUGGAUAAGGCUGCUGCGUCCAGGAGACUGUGGGCGAUGCACGAGGUCCCAACGAAUGAACCUGUCUUCCUAUCUGACAACUCUCAAGAUCCGCUUCUCGGCGACCUCGAGCGCGACGGAGAAGACCUCGAUGUCGGUCAGUCAAAGGGCACAGAAGAACAUCAAGCCGCCAUCUCUCUACCCCAGCUGCUCACCGCUCGCGAGUUGCGCAGGCCUUUGAUUAUUGUCUGCUUCUCCAUGCUCUGCCAGCAGCUUUCGGGCGUUAAUGCUGUUCUCUACUACAGCAACGACAUUCUUUCGAAAGCACUGCCUGAUCUCGGUCCCUUCGUCUCGCUGGGUAUUACUGUCAUCAAUGUGAUCAUGACGUUCCCGCCCAUCUUCCUCAUUGAGAGACUUGGACGAAAGACGCUACUAAGCUUGUCUGCUGGUGGCGCAUUCCUCUCUUUGGUUGGGGUCGGUUAUGGACUCGAUUCUGGAGUAGUCGCCCUCGCCAGUAUUACCAUCUUAACCUUUAUUGCGUCCUUUGCGAUAGGUAUUGGUCCCGUUCCUUUCGUCAUGAUCCCGGAGGUCUCUCCUUUACACGCGGUCUCCGCGCUCUCGUCUGUCGGACUUUCCUUGAACUGGAUCGCGAACUUCCUCGUCGGCCUCGUGUUCCUCCCGCUGCGCAACGAGCUUUCGGGCGGCGACCCGCACAAGGAGGGCCGCAUAUUCUACCUCUUUGCCGGUAUGCUUGCGUUCUGCACCGUCGUCUUGUUUAGGUUCUACAGGGGGUAACCGGGGUUGAAGAACUAAAUCAGGACCUUUCUCUUCACGUUCGGAUCGGAAUAGGAUGUACAGUAACGUAUUUUCGUUCUCCUUGGCAGACAUAUUGGAGCACGCCUUCCUUCCUCUCGCAGUUCAUAAUACACGUAAAAUCGCACUUUUAUUAUACGUUCUCUCGUAGAAUAUUAGUCACGAAGCUCAGAAAGCUCAGAUUAAUCAG